AGCGAAACGACCGGAUACCCUUUCGACUUCCUUUAUAGCAUUCACUCCGGCUUGAGAUGGCUCGUUCAAAGAAAGGCGAUAAGAAGAAGUCGGCUAUUGCCGAGGUGGUCACCAGAGAAUACACCAUCCACAUGCAUAAGAGAAUACACGGAGUUGGAUUCAAGAGGAGGGCACCACGGGCUGUCAAGGAGAUCAAGAAAUUUGCCGAGAAGAUGAUGGGAACUCCCGAUGUGCGAAUCGACACUAGGCUGAACAAGCACAUCUGGUCCCAGGGAGUAAGGAACGUACCCUACCGGGUACGUGUACGUAUUGCCCGCAAGAGGAAUGAGGACGAGGACUCCCCACAUAAGCUCUACACACUUGUCACAUAUGUUGAGAUGCCAAAUGGCUUCAAGGGUUCACAGACCGUGAAUGUUGAUAGCGAGUAAGAUGUACAGAAGAAAAUGUAAAUUCCAAUAAAAAAAUGUGAAAAUGGAAAA